UUGGUGAAAACACAUUGGUUGCGACAAUGUCUAAUAUUAAUAUUUGCCUUUCUUUGUUAAUUAUUUAUUUAACAUUAGAAAUUGUUGCAGCAAAACCUGUUAAAGAAAUUUCCUAUUUAGAAAAAAAUAUAAAUUUUCAAUAUGAAAAUGAUCAAUGGAUUUGUGGUGAUAUUGAGUGUCCAGAUAAUACCUUCGGCUGUAAAAUAAGACUACACAGUGAUGAAGAAGAUAAAAAAGUAUUUCAUCAAAGUUUUACCUGUUUUGAUGAAGAUAAAAUGCCUACAUUAGGUGCUGAAGAUAGAAUUGAAAUGCUUAAGGAAAAAGAAAUCGAUGUAGAACUGGAAACCUAUAAGGGUGCCGUAUCGGUUUAUAUGACUCGUUAUAGUAUGGGGGGUCAUGAAAGUGCUAAAGGUGUAAUAGCUGUAGAGGAUUUAAAUAAUCUAAAGGAAUCCGCUAAAAGUAAUAGAGAAUUUGUUAGCGAAAUUUAAUUUUUUUAAUUAUUAUAAUAUAAAAAUAUUUUUAAAGCUCAAUAAUUAUAUAUCAGUUAUUACCAUUAUUCGCUUUAACUAUAAUUAAGGCAAUACUACCCAGCAAAAAUAAAAUGAAGUACUUUCAAAUGAAUAACA